AUGGAAAAGAUGGAGAAUGAGAGUAUAGCAGCUCAGCCAAAGAGAGGAGUUCUCCAAUUAGAAGGUAAUGAUGACAUGUUAGCUGAACAAAAGCUUCUCUCACAACAGGUUGCUAUUUUGAAUAAAAAGUUCGAAAAGCUUCACCCAUCUUCAGAUCAGGCAAAGUCUAUCUCCUGUGAAUACUAUAAAGGAAAACAUGAGACUAAUGAGUGCAACAAAAAUGUUGAGCUCAAUGAAGAAGAGGAGCAAGAAAAAGAAGUGGAAACACCUACAAGCAAGGAAGAGUCAGUUCAAAAAGACAAAGGAAAGGCAAAGGAGCAAACUUCUGAAGCUCCAAAGAAACAAUGGGAUUUUUCUCGCUUUGAGAAACCACCAUAUCCCAUGAAGCUAAAGCAACAAGCACAAAAGCAACAAUAUGCCAGGUUUUUAGAUAUGUUUAAGAAGUUGCAAAUUAAUAUUUCAUUUGUUGAAGAUUUAGUUAACAUGCCGAAUUAUGCUAAGUUUAUGAAAGAUCUCUUGUCUAGAAAGCAUAAAUUGCAAGAAUGUGGGACAGUAGCUCUCACAGAGGAGUGCAGUGCUAUUAUUCAGAAGAAGUUUCUGCCAAAACUUCGAGAUCCAGGGAGUUUUAACAUCCCAAGUGCGAUAGACAACAUUAAUGUUGGCUGGGCAUUGUGUGAUCUUGGAGCAGGCAUCAACCUGAUGCCAUUGUCAGUAAUGAAGUCUCUUGGAAUCUCAGAGCUGAAGCCCACUAUGGUAUCUCUAUAA